GCGCAAACAAUAAACAAUUUUAGAUGGGAAAAUGUUAAUUGCCUUUCGUUCUCAUGAAGCCAGCAAUAGGUGGACACCAUGAGCGUAGGCAACAUCAAGACCGAGCCCAUGGAUGGACAUGGAAUACCGCCAUCCCUGAACAUGGACAAUUUGGAUGUAAAUCUUGUUAAAUCUGAACCGGAGCAGGACUUUGAAGAGGACACGGAUGUUGUAGAUGUGCCUAUGGACUAUUAUUUCUAUAACGAACAGGAGGUGCCUAGUGAAGAAGCUGAAAAUGUAACCACAACGACAACCACAAUGGCCAGUAAAACGGGUAAAAAAGGCAAACGGACCAGUAAAACGAAGAUGCCGGGAAUAUUGAAAUUUUUUGGUAACAUCGAACGGGUGGGCAAUUCUAGUGGCCGAAGGGGCGUGAUUAGUGCCUCUUGCAAUGCUUGUCAGUCGCGAAUUCGUGGUUCCAUGAGUGUCACAUCGAAUUUCAUAAAACAUUUGCGCACCAAACACUUUGAUCUUCAUGCGGCAUUCAUAAAGAGCAAAAAACUUGGACAUUCUGACAGUGGCACCACCAGCAGCAGCAUCACUACAAUAUCGACAGUGAAUAGUUUCAGUGGCGAUGGCCACAUGGAAACUGCUGCCCUAACCAGCAGCGACUUAAAUUCAUUUGAUAAUCGAAUUCUAGACUAUAUAAUAGAUACGGCAGCUCCUAUAUCCACUGUGGGACGUUCUAGUUUUCGUAAAUUGUUUAAGGGCACGAAUUUAAGGGUAAUGAAUUGCUCAAAACUAAUCGAACGACUAGAUGAUCGUUUUGUUCAAAUGUCACAAUAUAUUAAACAUAUAGUUUGCCAGCAAAAAUAUUUGUGUACUACAGCGGAUAUUUGGUCAAUUGGAGAGAGCAAUUUUCUGGCUUACACAGCGCAUUGGUUGGAUGAGAAAUAUGAUAGGCAUUCGGUGGCGUUGGCAUUUAGGAAACUUCCUAAUAAUGAUGAUGAUCACAAUGAAUUGCCCAUAUUAGAUGUGAUAAAGAAUUUAAAUUCGGAAUAUGAUAUAAAUAGUUCGUUAAUUGUGUGUACAAUGACGAACAAUAGUUUAGGAAACUAUUUAAAUAUAUUCCGUCAGUUUGGUAUUGAUUAUCAGCAUAGUAAUGAAAUUAAGACUAUUAAAGUACAAAGUAAAACUCUAUGCAAACAGAUCGAGUGCGCCAGUCAUAGUCUAAAUUUAUUAAUAUCAAUCGAUUUCAUCGAUAUUAUAAGUAAGGAUAGAAACCUACGAGAAACCCAUAUGCAGAUAUUUCAAAAAUUAAGUCACAUUUGGAGGAAAUGUCAAGAGCUGUGGGCCUCUGAACAUUUGGGAGAAUCUUUGAUUACGCCAAUUGUAACCAAAUGCAAUUCCAUUUACGAUGCUAUUUGUUGUAUAAUAACCCAUAAAGAACAAUUGCCAGAAAUAUGUGGCCAAUUGGAUUUACCUGAUAUAACAUUCACAACGAAUGAUUUAGAAUACUUAAACGAAUACCGUACAUUAAUGAGUCCGAUUGCAGCUACCAUUGAGUUUUUAGAGAACGAAAGUAAUCUAUAUUACGGCUGUCUUAUUCCUGCAUUGACCUCAUUGUAUGUGAAACUGAAAAGAAUCUCAAAAGAAUCCCCAGAUAUCAAAGUGUUGAAGAAUACAGCAAUUGAGUUCCAAGAUGUAUUAAAGAAACGAUUUGCAAUCUAUUUUAAUUUAACCGAAGAUGCCCAUCAGGCAAUAAUCGCUGCAGUUUUAUGUCCCAGCCUAAAGAUGCGUUGGUUCAAUGCCUUGGCCAAUAUUUGCCGGAAUGGCUGUAAGGCAGACGACAUACAUCGAAUAGUUAUAGCUGAGGCUGUACGAUAUGCCAAAUUGACAGAUAAUGAUAAUACAAAAUUGAUGAAUUCCGAGCAAUUCAGUGCCACGCCCAGGCAACAGGAUUGUGAUGAUUUCUUUGAAUUUGAAGAUGUUGAUGAGACAUCAGACGAUACAAAGUCAUCAAAUCUGGCCGAUUUGGUGAAUGUGCAAUUUCAGAGCUAUUUACGUGAUACGGGCACAACAUUCGAUAUAUUAGAUAAAUAUCCGCUACUACAGGAUUUGUCUAUGAAAUUCAAUACGCCUUUGCCCUCGCCGGCGCCGUUGGAGCGAUUGUUUUCAAUUGAUACAAUAGGCAGUCAAUGGAGAAGAUGUGACCAAUCAUCGGACUAUUCAGUUGAACGAUUACUCUUAAUAAAAGCAAAUGGUGGCUUGGUGAAUAAAUUAUAAUUAAAACUUACUAGAAUAUUUAUCAUCCUAUUUA